AUGCAUAUAUGGGAUUCAACUUGCAUCAAAGCCAUUGAAAAAGAGCUGAUUGUUGAAAUAAAAAAUGAAGAGAAAUACUGGAAACAGAAAGCAAGGAUCAACUGGCUGAAAUCAGGGGAUAAAAAUACAUCUUUCUUUCAUACAAAGAACAUUUACACAUCCUGCAAUCCAAGAUAUUUUCAUUGUAUUACUGCAGGAUUUACUCCACGGGUCUCAGAAGAGAUGAAUGCUUCCUUAAUUUCCCCUUUCACAUUCAAAGAAGUUACAAAGGCAAUUUUUUCCAUUAACCCAUCAAAAGCUCCAGGGGAAGAUGGUUUAUUUGCCGUAUUCUUUCAGAAAUACUGGAACCUCAUUGGUAGGGAUAUUUUUCAAGGGGUUAUGGAGUUCUUUAACAGUGGUCGAAUGCUGAAGAAUGCCAACCACACAGUUAUUUCUCUUAUUCCCAAGGUCAAGUCAGUUAAAACCAUGAAAGAUCUUCGGCCAAUUGGCCUUUGCAAUGUUUUCUACAAGAUUAUUGCUAAAUUGCUUACUUUGAGGUUACAACCUUUGAUGGACUCUAUUGUGGGUUCGGAACAGAAUGGCUUCAUUAAAGGCCGCCUGAUUUUAGACAAUAUUCUUAUCUGCCAUGAGAUCAUGCAUAGCCUUAAAAUAAAAAAACAUAGCAAGUCUGCCGGAAUGGCAAUCAAGCUAGAUAUGAGUAAAGCAUAUGAAUGUGUGGAGUGGUCUUUUUUACAGCAUAUGCUCUAUUGCUUUGGCUUUCAUGAGAAGUGGAUAUCCUGGAUCAUGCAAUGUGUCUCUUCAGUAACCUUCUCUCUUCAAUUUAAUGGCCAUCGCUUUGGGUAUCUAACUCCAACAAGAGGUAUUCGUCAGGGAGACCCCCUAUCCCCUUACCUCUUUCUCUUAGUAGCGGAAGGUUUUUCUCAUGCUUUAAAUAACUUGGCCAUUAGAGGGUUAUCUGCUUCUCGACAUGGCCCAUCCAUAUCGCAUUUGUUGUUCGCAGAUGACUACAUCUUAUUCACACAAGCAACUAUGGAGCAAGCAAAUAUAAUCCAAUCCAUUUUGCAUAACUAUUCAAGAGCAAGUGGGCAAUCAGUUAACUUGGCUAAAUCAACUAUCAUCUUCAGUCCCAAUACUUCUCUAAUUUUGAAGCAACAAAUUUGUUCUUCUCUGAAUAUUCAUAACUUGGAGGUCAAUGAUCGUUUUCUAGGUUUACCUGCUCACUUUUACAGAUCUAAAACUCAAACAUUUGGUUAUCUCAGAGAACGCAUUGAGAAGACAUGUGCGGGGUGGAAGGAAAAGCUUCUAUCCAAAUGCGGGAAAGAGGUGUUGAUCAAAGCAGUACCUUCGGCUAUCCCUGUUUACACCAUGUCUUGUUUUCGGCUUCUCACUGCCUUAUACGAUAAAAUUAAUAGCAUUAUGAGCAAUUUUUGGUGGGGUCAACAACAAAAUGAAAGGAAGAUCUAUUGGGUUGCCUGGUCCAAACUCUCAACCCAAGGAAAUAGAGGAUCAUGGGGAUGGAGGAGUGUUUUAUGGGAAAGAGAAAUUCUCAAUCAAGGCAUUCGCUGGCAUGUCGGUAAUGGAGAGAACAUCUUCUGCAAAGAAGACGUAUGGGUUCCACUCCUUUUCCCAGGCAAGCCACAUCUUAAAGAAGGACAUGAUACAUAUAUAACUCGGGUGGUUCAGCUUAUCAAUCCAUCUUCCAAGCUUUGGGAUGCUACUAUCUUGUCCCGAAACUUUGAGCCAGCAGAUGUUGAGAAAAUUAGAGCCAUUACUCUUAGUAUUUUUGCUAGGGAAGAUUGGUUGGUAUGGAACUUUGAGAAAAGCGGCGUUUAUUCAGUCAUGUCUAGUUAUUGGAAAGCUAAAGAUUUGAGUAGACGGGCAGCUAUGGAACCUAAUGGUAAUCCGAGUCCAAGUUCCUCAUCUCAUAAUUCUUGCUUCUGGAAGUCUCUUUGGAAGACUAAUGUUCCAAGUAAACUUCGGAUUUUCCUAUGGCUUUUUUGCUUGGUGCGGCUACCUUUUUGGUUUAAUUCUCCAUUGCAACUUCGUUCUUCUUAUCUUUCGAGCUCAACAAUGAUGGACAAAUGGACAAAAAAAGAUAGGAAUGCUUUCACAUUCAAUCAUAUAUCUAAACCGGCUGAAGAGUCUGUUAGCUUGGCAAUCAGAAGUCGAGAUGAUUUUAGAGAAGCCACCUCCAACCAUCCUCUCCCCUCGCAUCAAUCAGAAAUGGAUCAACAACUAUUAAUUCAUCAAUCUCAACUCUCUUGGCAACCCACUCCUCUCGGUUUCAUAAAGCUUAACUUCAAUGCAGCUUGGGACAAGAAUUCAAAUUCAGGAGCCACUGCAGUUAUUGUUCGUGAUCUUUCCGGAAGUGUUAUUGACUGGUGGGUCUCUAUCUCAGACCCCUUACAAUUAGAGAGCAUUGCUUGUCGAGAAGCACUUCUUUUUGCUAAAAGUAGAGGAUUCUCUCGCUUUAUUAUAGGGGCAACCUAG